AUGGGCAAGCACAGCAGCAAGCUGGCCCCGGAGAUGCUGGAUGACCUGGUGAGGAGCACGGAGUUCAGCGAGCAGGAGCUGAAGCAGUGGUACAAGGGCUUCCUCAAGGACUGCCCCACCGGCAUCCUCAACCUGGAGGAGUUCCAGCAGCUCUACAUCAAGUUCUUCCCCUAUGGAGACGCCUCCAAGUUUGCCCAGCACGCGUUCCGCACCUUCGACAAGAACGGGGACGGCACCAUCGACUUCAGGGAGUUCAUCUGUGCCCUGUCUGUCACCUCCAGGGGCACCUUUGAGCAGAAGCUCAACUGGGCCUUCGAGAUGUACGACCUGGACGGGGACGGGAAGAUCACGCGCCUGGAGAUGCUGGAGAUCAUUGAGGCCAUUUACAAGAUGGUGGGGACUGUGAUCAUGAUGAGGAUGAACCAGGAUGGGCUGACACCCCAGCAGCGAGUGGACAAGAUCUUCACAAAGAUGGACAAGGACAAGGAUGACCAGAUCUCCCUGGAGGAGUUCAAGGAGGCCGCCAAGAGCGACCCCUCCAUCGUCCUGCUCCUGCAGUGUGACAUGCAAAAAUAGAGCCCUGGCACUCAGGGCUGGACUGGCUGCAGCCAAACUCUGCCCCCUGUGAUGGUUUCAAUUUCAAUCCCCGUUUUUUCCUCCCAUUUGGCCCCAGGCAUGAGCCACAUUCCAUCCCUCCUGCUGCCCCUGCUCCGGCUGCAUCCUGGGCAGUUCCACACCCCCGAGGUCAGAGCUUGCUCUGAGCAUUGUCUGCCCUCUCCCAGCCUGGAGAUGGAUCCCUGCAGCCACAGGUGUGUCCUGGCUGAGCAGGGCCAGCUGUUCCCACAUCCCUGCUGCUUUCUCCCUGCUUUCCCCCACUGCUCCACCUGCCCCGUUCUCUGAUCCUACCUGAGACCAGCUCUGUCCCCUUUCUGCUGUUUCCCCCCCACUUCUUGGCUUCUGAUGUCUCCAGGGAGGCUGAAAAUUCCCAAGUCCUGCUC